AUGAUGUCUGGCGGCAUGCACCACCGAUUCCACCCAAAGUCCCGACGCGGGCACCCAGACCUCGAACCCGAUGUGCCCACUGUGCUUGCUCCCUCCGACACUGUCUCCAUGACUGGACGACCGACAGCAUCGGACGCCGCCAGACCCCUGAGUGUCCGCUCAAGACAGAGCGGCACGCCACGAUCCGAGCUAGAGGGGCAUCCUUCCCUUCCAGCCUCAGCCCCUGAAAUCUCGCAUCUCCCUGGGAUGUUUGCAUCCCCAGCCGUGCCGACGCGAGUGGGUUUAUCCCAGUUGGCACGAGACAGCCCGGCUCUGCCGGAGAAGCCGUCCUAUGGACGAGAGAACUCCUUGAUCGAUUUGGAUACUGCUGCUGAGAGCCAGUUCGAAGCUCAUCAGCACAGUGGAUCCACCGUUCCGGUGAUUCGUUCAUUGGUUAGUCAGGAUCAAUCUGUCAGCGACCGAGAAACCGUCGCUUCACAGACUUCCACAACCAUGUCGCGCGCCAUGCAAGGCAUGAGCGUCACGGAAUUGGUAAGCUUUGCGCGUCGCCACCAGGCUAUUGCGCAGGAAGCUUUAGCUGCGGCUGCAGAUCGUGAUCUUAGUUCACAGCGCAGUGAACAGGAUCCGUACGAUGGUAUCGAUUUCGCUCGUUUAGAUCAUGGAAUUACCAACUUUAAUGAACAAUUAGUGACUGGUGAGACGUUCCCUGCGAUGUCUUCGUCCUUCCCUCCCAUGUUUGAGUCGACCUACCUGUCCCCAGUCGGGGCCCGUCCUGCCUUCCCAUCGGGUACUGGUCCAUCAUACCCUUCGAAGGACAAGGGUCCUGAUCCUCGUAACUGGGGAGGUCUGUCGGACCGAUUCUCUGAGCAUGAUCUUGACACUCAGCGUGCUGCGUUCGCGAAUUUUGAUGAGAUCAGACGCAUGAAGCACGAGGACAGUUACUUGCCGCCGUCUGUCUCGGUUCGGCAUGACAGCCGCAGAUCUCCGACCACCAUCUUGUCGGAGCGGAAUUUGAAGAUGCAUAGUGUAAACGCCUCUGGGCACGAUGACCAGGGCGUUGAAGAACAUUUUGUGGACUUGCAGCGCCAAAUUGACAGCCUGCAUAGAGCUGUGACGGAAUCUCGGGCCUCGACGCCCGUUAAGAUGCUGAAUGCCGAGAACAAGCAAGGUGAAAGCUUGUCCCAGGCCCAGACCGCUGUGAAGAACAGCAUCGACCGUCAUAUCAGCAUUGGUGUGCCGCCGACGCACACCCAGACAGACGCACGUGAGAGGACUCCUGCAACUCGUACCGGGGCAGGAAGCUUCAUUGAGCGUGCGUUGCGCAACGUCGAUAGCUUUGGCGGACCCCCUCCAUCCGAGCCGCCGUCCAGCAAUCCCUCGGAUGUCGGAAGUCGGAGCCCGACACCAGUGCCACGUCGUUCCAGGCAAGGAGAGACUGUGAACGUCUCAGUAAACGAACCGAAAAUGAUCUUGAAGCCAAUUCCGCCGAAGGAGUACGACGGAUCUCCUAAUGCGGUAGCGUUCCACCGAUUUGUGAAAGAGGGAACAGCUUACCUAAAGCUCGGCCGCGUCCCCGCUGAUGAACGAGCGUUCUAUUUGUCGUAUUUCAUGUCUGGCCAUGCACGAGAGUUCUAUAACAGUCGCGUGGAAAAUGAUGAACAUACCUGGACGUUAUCAGACUUCUUCUGGGGUCUAUUCAACUUCUGUUUCCCUGUGAACUUCCGUGAGAAACAGCGGUCGAAGUUAAACGCGUGCAAGCAAGAUGACAAAUCUGUAUUGGUCCAUAAGGCCGAGUGGGAGCAGAUCUUCAAUACGAUUGGUCUGGAAGCAAACCAGGAGAAAGUCGUGAUGUUUUGUCGCAGCUUGAAGACGUCGAUUCGCAAGGAAAUGUUCCGCGCGAAUUUGGAUCCCGAAAUGUCGACUUGGGAUGAGGUUACUCGCGGUGCUGAAGCUGCUGAGGUAAUCGUGAAUCUUGACCUUGAGGAUGCCGACAGUGAUGAGACUGAGGCGCCGAAACCUCAGCCCAAGUGGAAGAAAGAAAACUUGGCUACGGAUUCAAACGAGAAGCGCCGCAACGGAGGGCGAGCUCUAUCGGUGUCAAGUGCUGCUGUCGAAACUCCAAAGAAGAACCAGCACGAAAAGACAUGGGAUUACGUGACGCGUGACGGCAAAAUUGUCUGCCAAGACUCGAGCUACGUACCUGAGCGAGGGACGCUGCUUCGAGACUCCACCGACUGGGAGUUUGUUGAACAACUAAUCAAAGCUCUUGAGAUUCUCGAGCUCAUCACCAAAGAGUUCUCUCUCAAAACGGUCCCAACCCUCCCGAAAGUUCUUCCGUUUUAUAAGCUGAUGGAGACCGAUCUUGAGGCAAAGUCGAAGGAACUUUGUUCUAUUCCCAACCUCUCCGCUGCUCUCCUCGCUGGCUCAAAAAUGGCGACAAAAUACAUCAACAAAGCUCUCGAAGGUGAUUACCCAAUGUUGGCAACCCUUUUGCACCCUGCGUUACGUCUCCGCUUCUUCCAAAACAGCAAUUGGGACCCCAGUGUUGCCAACAGAGCGAAAAAGAUCCUCGUCGAAAUUGUACAGAGGUAUCUGGCAGAGAUUCCAACCUCUGAUACGGCUUUGGUUGCAGAGGCUGCUCCUACCCGCAGUGUCUUCGGUCUGGCAGCAACCAUGGGCUCCAGGACUGGAGGUGUCGCUUCACUUGAUGCCAGUGCAGAGAUAGAGCUUUAUUUCGGAGGCAUCUCACCUGUCGCGGACAUGUUUGAUGAUCCACUCGGAUGGUGGAAGGACCAGGCCGUUACACUCAAAGGUCUUGCGCGUGCUGCGCGUGAUAUCCUCGGCAUUCCCGGAGUCAGUAUCUCUGUUGAACGCCUCUUUUUGAGCCUCCGUCACACUCUGAAGGAGUCUCGGAUGUCUAUGACUCCCGAGAAGAUUGCCAUGAGUGUCAGUACAAAGGAAUGGAUCAAGUCUGGGCUGAAUGAGGGUCUCCAUUACACUGAUUUUAUUCGUAUGCACAGUAAAUAA